GUCCGCGCCCCAGUUCUCCAAGCUCCAGGCCGACCGCGCCGAGGCCGUCAGCGUGCAGGUCGGCGGCAGAGCGGGGACAGUGGCCGUCGCGGUGGGGCACCGCCGCCUGCAGCUCUCCGCGGCUAGCGGCCAGGGGGCUGGCCGCUCCAUGGGCACCGCCCCCGUUUCCUGCGACCACGCUUUCGGGGUCGAGGCCACGAAGGCCCACAGCCAGGAGAGCUUGAUCGAGGUGGUGAAGACCGACGACCUCAGUGGUGCGCCGCAUCAGAUUGGAGAAAACAACUGGACCUUGGCCGAGAUUCUGAAGAGGACCCUGAACAAAGAGCCGGCCUCGGAGCACGCGUUGAAGGUGUCCAGGUUGAAGCGCUUGCUGGCGUGCCUGGAGGGCUACGGAGUCGGCGACCGUGUGGAGGCGCUCCACUCGAAUGGCGUGUGGUUCCCAGCCACGGUGAAGGAGAACUUCACAAACGGAACUUAUCUUAAAGUGGGAUGA